CCUAUAUCUUAAACACAAUAAUAUUCUAACAUUCCCCCUCAGUCGUAGCGGGAGUGAAGCGGACGAUUGCGAUUGAAUUUGUAGUCUUGCGCUUUCGUCGUCUUCUCCACUGCGCCAUCAUCAACUGCGUCUCUGAUGGGUCGACACCUAGGGCGGUGACUGCGUCCCCUUCUGGUGCCUUCCUUGUCUGUCCUCUCUUCCCUCCCGCAGUCACAGCGGGAGUGGCGUGGACGCUAGUGACGACGCGGACGCUGUUGACUGAAGUUGUCGCCGAUGAGUUGCUGUAGACGUAGCCAUGAAUGUCGAUGUCGAGGUAGCCGAUCAUUGCGAUAUAGCCAUGGUCGAGGUAGCCAUGAUCGAUGGUGUAGUCGUCGUGGAUGAUGAAGCCGCACAAAGCCGGAGGCGCAAAAAAAAUGCGCUAUGACGGAGCUGCAGAUGUUGACGAUGCACCUUGCAGAUGUCAGAGGGUGUCGCCGGCGAUGAGUCCAUUGGUUUUGCCAAGACCGGAGGAAGCCCACCGAGCACACAUCGGUUUUGCCAGAACCGUGUGGCUGUAUAGGGUCAUCACUGAAGUGACGCCGUGUCGAUGCAGUCGUGCCGUCGUGGAUGACGCGGUCGAUGCCGUCGUCGUGACGCGGUCAUUGCCGUCGUCGAGGUCGCGUCUUGCAGAAAAGUCUGUCAGAGGACGCUAGGUGUCCAUCUUGUGGACGAGGCGGCAGUGGUGGUGUGUUGAUGAAGAUAUUGGUGAAGACCACAUUGAUGAAGACCUUGACGAUGAAGUGCCUGUGAUGGCGUUGCCGUGGCGUGUCGACAAUGAUGAGUCGCUUGAAGGCGUCCCUCGUGGCGACGAAGUGUCGAUGUCGUGUCGUGUCGAAGAAGUAUGUUGGCUCGUAGCCUGGCGUAGUCAUACAACUUGAUGUCGCUCGGCUCAAUGCAGAGGCGUGGGUGUAGCCGUGCAGAUCGACUGUGGCGGUCGAUGCAGCCAUGCAGAAGAUGAUGUAGCUCGGCUCCGGACGUGGCGGCCGGUGUAGAUCGUACAGCUUGAUGUAGAUGGCAAGCCGUGCAGAUCGACUGUGGCGGUCGAUGCAGCCAUGCAGAAGAUGAUGUAGCUCGGCUCCGGACGUGGCGGCCGGUGUAGAUCGUACAGCUUGAUGUAGAUGGCAAGCCGGCGCGCAGGAGGUUGAUGGAGUCGGCUUGCUGAAGAUCGCGUCCGUGCGCGUGUCUCGAACGGGCUCUCCCGGUGUCCGACACACCGAGACUGCUGUGGUCGUCGGCCAGAUCGGAUCACGAUGAUGGUUGUUCCCACCCGUAGAUCGCAGAGGCCCACGCGUCGUUGCCUUUUGAUCCUUGCAGAAGGCCCGUGGCUCAAGUUCAAGGCACCAUGCCAUGCGCGUACGCAUGGCGGUUUUUGCGAGUUUUGCCAUGCACGUAUGCAUGUGCGCAUGGCCUUGUUCCGCGUACAAGUCGGUGCGGUUGCUGGCGUUUGGCGAUGGGUAACUCCGUGCUGAACUGCUGAUUCGAAGGAGUUGCUGGUUGCGCCGUCGGGAGAUCCGCGUACGAUCUCGUACGUGAUGGAAAUCGCCGCGAGAUCUACGCCCUCCCGCGAUCGGAGGACGAACUCCAGUGUGUUUGAGAUCAGGGGGCAUUACUGGAACCUGAUGCUGAACCCAAGGGACAGAAAGAGUGGCGACGAAAAUGAAUAUGUUUCUCUUAUGCUUGUGCUGUUUCAACUAUCUGAGAGAUCCCAUACGGUCGUGGAGGCAACUUUCAAGUUCUUGUUAUAUGAUCAGUCAUAUGGAAAGCACCACGAACAGCAUCAAGUGAGCCACAGUUUUCAGUCUACAAGCAGAGUCUCUGGGAGCUCAUGCAUGAUCCCCCUCGCGAAGCUUAAGGAGCAAUCCUCUGGAUUCCUCGUCAAAGACAGCUGUGUUUUCGGUAUCCAGUUCAUCAAAGUUGUCGCUGUUAAAGGUAACGAUGUGUCAGAGACGCUGUUUGUUCAGAAGACUAGCAACAUCUGCAGUGACCCGCAAGUCUACACCUGGAACAUUGAUGAUUUCUUUGUGUUGAAGAACCCGAGCACCUCCCCAGAGUUUGAGCUCUGUGGACACAAAUGGUUCAUCACUCUCUAUCCAUCUGGUUACGAUAAGAAUGGGAACUACCUCUCCCUGUCUCUGAGCAUGAAGGUUCCGGACACACUCGAUAAGGACUCGGCAAUCCUUGCAGAAGUUAGCAUAAGCAUCAAAGACCAGGAAACGGGGAACCACGCGAAAUCAUCAGCCCGGAUCCAGUUCAAGAAUGAUACCCACACUUCGUUAUGGGACAAGUUCAUAUCGUUGGAAGAUUUCAAGGACUCAUCAAAGGGUUAUCUCGUGAAGACAAAGUGCUGCAUUGAAGCUCAGGUUGAAGUCAUUGUUUCCUCCAAGACGGUGUAG